GAGCGGCUAUAUAAAGGCAGUUGAAGCAUCCUCCUGACUGUAGUUAUAUUCCAGGAGGGAUACAUACAGGUAGCCCUCACUCCAGCACCGCGGAUCUACAACGGUACAAUCAACGGUACACAUGAACUAGAAGAGUACCGGCUAUGAGAACGGUGUUAUCAUGGGUGGUGUGGGCGUGGGUAAGUAGUGUGGGUUGGUCACACUAUCCGCUCCCACCUCAAUAUUCUGGUGCCCAGGUGGAGGCACAGCAGAGGUCGUAUAGGCCUACUGUGGAGUAUGCUGGGCCUAUUGUCUACUCUGAUGAGAAGCCUCCCAUCAUCCACUUUCCCAGGCCUCCUAGGCCUACAGUUGGUGGGUAUGGCAGCAAGGGUACAGUGAAGGCCCAGUCAGUGAAGUACGUGCCCCUACCCCAUCACGAACUACCGGUCCUUAUCUACCAGUCAGAUAACUCUCCUCCGGUCCAUGUGGUCCAUACGCCCGCUCCGCCCACUCACGCCCCUCUGCACCCGCCCAAACCUGCCUAUGGGCCGCCACCCAAGCUUUCCUAUGCUCCACCUAAGACUUCUAGUCCAGGCUAUGGGCCACCCAAGGUUCCCGGUCCAGGAUACGGUCCACCAAAAGCCUCCAGUCAAAGCUAUGGGCUGCCCAAGGACCCUGGUCCAGGCUAUGGUCCACCAAAAGCUUCCAGUCAUAGCUAUGGGCCACCCAAGGACCCUGGUGCAGGCUAUGGUCCACCAAAAGCCUCCAGCACCAGCUAUGGUGCUCCGAAAGUCUCUGGUCCAAGCUAUGGUCCACCAAAAGCCUCCAGUCCUACCUAUGGUCCACCAAAAGCCUCUAGUCCUACCUAUGGUCCACCAAAACCUUCUAGUUCCAGCCAUGGUCCACCAAAACCUUCCGGUCCAAACUAUGGUCCACCAAAAGCCUCCAGUCCCAACUAUGGUUCACCAAAACCUUCCAGUCCAAACUAUGGUCCACCAAAACCUUCCAGUCCCAACUAUGGUCCACCAAAACCUGCCAGUCCCAACUAUGGUCCACCAAAAGCUCCUCCUAAGAUCGACAGUUCCCAGUAUGGUCCCCCAGCUCACAGUGGUCCCAUAUAUAUUAAUGCUCCCCCAGCCCCUAGCCCCGUGAUCAUCUCAGCCCCCCAGCCCCAAUAUGCCCUCUCUAAUGCCCCCAAGCCCUCCUAUACCCCACCAUCCAAGGCCACUAAGAGCUACAGCCCUCCACCCAAUUCUCCAAAGGAAGAUCAUGGCCCACCCAAGGCCAGUGUACCAAAUUAUGGCCUCACGCCCACCAAGUCCAAGAACUAUGGCCCUUCACCACCCACUUACAUCCCUCCACCGCCCACUUAUGGUCCUCCAGUGGCUGCCCCUACCAGGGGGACCCCUGCCCCGCACAUCAUCUACGCCGGCCACCCACCCAUUCAUGUCUAUCAGCAGCCACCUGUCUAUCAGGUCACUGCUGCCGCCCAGAGCCAGGGCCAUUAUGCCACCCAGGGCCAGUAUGCCGCCCCUGCUGUCCCACAAGCCAGCUAUGACCUGCCACCCAGGUCUUAUGGUCCAGCCAAGACCCCUCCAAAGUCUUCCAUUAAGAUCCCAAGACCAAUUUAUGGUCUCGGGUCUCCACCGGUCGCUCCUCCUCCUCCACCAAAGGUUCCACCUCCAUCCUAUGGACCUCCAAAGGCAGCUCCUCCAUCCUAUGGACCUCCAAAGGCUCCUGCACCAUCCUAUGGACCUCCAAAGGCAGCUCCUCCAUCCUAUGGACCUCCAAAGGCACCUCCUUCAUCCUAUGGGCCUCCAAAGGCUCCUGCACCAUCCUAUGGUCCACCAAAGACACCUCCAUCCUAUGGACCUCCAAAGGCUCCUGCACCAUCUUAUGGACCUCCAAAGGCACCUCCUCCAUCCUAUGGACCUCCAAAGGCUCCUGCACCAUCCUAUGGAAAGCCAAAGGCUCCUCCUCCAUCCUAUGGACCUCCAAAGGCACCUCCACCAUCCUACGGACCUCCAUCAAAGGCACCUACAAAGGCUCGACCAAGCUACGGUCCCAAAGUACCAAGACCCAUCUAUGGCACCCCUGUGAAGGUCAAACAGACAUACGCACCUCCACCCAAGGCUCCAGAGGAACCGACGUACCUCCCGGCUCCAAAGGCAUUCCACAAGCCUCCGAUCAUCAUAUACCAGGGAGUUCGACCUCCGGUACAUGUGUACCAGCAACCUAGCAAGGCACCAGUAGUUUCUCCAAGUACCUAUGGUCCACUUCCUGCUCCCCAAGCACUGUACGGUGCUCCACCCAGUUCUCAGUCGUCACACAGUGGUUCUCAGCCCAGUUCUCCAUCAGCGUAUGGUGCACCAAAGGGUGAAGACAUCAUUAAGGACAACAGUGACCUGUACACUGCUGGCACUUCCCACUCUGGCAGUGUCGUGAGUGUAGUGCCAGCUCACUCAGAGUCGUUGAAGACCUCAGAGGUGGCAGUGCCAGCUUCCAGCACCUCCAGCUACGUCGCCGUCAGGAAGGAAGACAGCGGUGACACUAGUGAAGUCCUUAAAGAGAGUGACUGGGAGCCCACCAUCGGCUACCCGGCUUUUUCUGACGUUUCGCUCACUGUCGAUCCCCGCAAUCCCAAGACCACUGAAGAACGGACGGAUGCCCACGGCCGCAAGACUGCUGAAGAACGGACGGAUACCCACGGCCGCAAGACUGCUGAAGAACGGACGGAUACCCACGGCCACAAGACUGACGCUGAAGGACACAUUGAGACCGACAUGGACGUAAGUGAGACCAGAGUCACGGCCUCGGUUUCGGUCAGUUCGGUUUCGUGAGCCUAAUGGCCCCAUUCCUGUGCACUGCUCACUGCCUCUACACUGCACAGUGAUGUGCUCAGUGCCAUAGUGCCCCAUCAAGUCUCCUCUGUACCACCAGUGGCACUCUCUACAGCUAUGCCAUGGGGUAGUACUGGACCCCUGGUAUGCCUACCCAUUCUCACAGGGUACAACAGGGAGGGAGGGGGAUCUCACACCACCAGGGCCAGCAGGUGGCACUGGCACUGGGUACCAGCUGGGCAGUGUGGGUGCUAAUUUGUGCUCACCCAGGGCAUGACCUACCCACCAAGCAGGUAGGGGCAUUGUUUAGAGUAAGACAAGGAGUGCCCCAUCGGGCACCUCGCCUCCAACGAACAGACAGACGUCAUGGAACUAUCUUUACACCAACAAACAUACAGACCUCCACUAACCCAUACAAGUUAUACAUCACCGUAGGUAUACAAGUAUACCCCACCGCAUAUACAAGGUAUACCUACUUCCACCUUACCUCCCAAGGGGCAUCAAUGCAAAUUACCCUCGUCUUAAUUGUGACCUUAAGAACAGUCAUGUUAACCAAAGUUGACAAGUGUGAAACAUACACAAUUCCGGCACCUUUGUCACCACUAUGUACCCACUAAUGGUGUUGUAUAUAAUAAGAACACGAGUAAAACAAGAGGAAAUAGUGAAAAUGAUUCGCUAAACCUGUACGUAAAGAGUUAGUUUAGUUUAAUAUCUUUAUUAUGCACCCCAUACCCAUCCUGUGGGUAGUCAAAAGAUUACAAAGGUACAUAAUGGGUCCAAGGACUGGACCCCGUAGAGAGAGAGACGACAAGUGGCGCUAAACUCCUGGAGGAAGAAGUCAUCAACUAGCCAGUCUAACCAGCCAGUCAUCAAGCAGCCAGUCUAACCAGCCAGCCAGUCACAUCGUCGUCAUCGUCCAGUCGUUGCUCUGGAAGGUCGUUCCACGACUCGCGUCUUCGUAACCGUUGUUCGUCGUUCCGUCUUGGUGCGCGAUGCGUCCCGACGCACACAAGCGCACCUAACAGUAACCCAGUUGCUGUUGUCACGGGUUGGUGCCUCAAAAGUCCCGCCACAGUGUUAUUUAUUGCUUUAUAAACACCUUGCCAACCCCCACCUCAACCCCCCAACCCCCGACCACUCCCCCCACACUAUCUCCAGCAAAGGCUCUUGGUCCAAGUACCAGGAGAGUCGCAAUAACAAGACCCAAUCAAUUCACAGAAAGUUAUGAUGAUCUUAGACCACAGCCAUGAUAAUGGUCCUGGACCACAGCCAUGAUAAUGGUCCUGGACCACAGCCAUGAUAAUGGUCCUGGACCACAGCCAUGAUAAUGGUUCUGGACCACAGCCAUGAUAAUGGUCCUGGACACAGUCAUGAUAAUGGUCCUGGAACACAGCCAUGAUAAUGGUCCUGGACCACAGCCAUGAUAAUGGUCCUGGACAGUCAUGAUAAUGGUCCUGGAACACAGCCAUGAUAAUGGUCCACCAUGGACCGAAAUGGUGGUCUGCAUCCAGACCACCGUUGUGAUAGUGGUCCAGAAUGGAAUGAAAUGGUCUGUCUCAGAUCACUGUCAAAACAAUGGUCCAGGGCCAAGAACCACAUCUAAACGACAUGACAGGCCACUGUACGACCACUUAGCGACAUGACAGCCACUGUACGAUCACUUAACGACAUGACAGCCACUGAACGACCUCUUAACGACAUGACAACCAUUGUACGACAUUAAACGACAUGACAGGCGACUGUACAACCACUAAAGGACAUGACAGGCCAAUGUAUGACCACUUAACAUGAAAGGACACUGGACAAACCACUGUGCGAUCAUUAAACGACAUGACAGCCACUGAACGACCACUUAACGACAUGACAGCCACUGUACGACCACUAACGACAUGACAGCCAUUGUACGACAUUAAACGACAUGACAGGCGACUGUACGACCAUUAAAUGACAUAACAGACCAUUAUAAAACCAUUAACGACCUGGAUGGGGGCAUGACCAGGGUAUUUAUGGGAUGGAGGGAGGGAGUAGCAACCAACCUGAGCCACCAUAACUGUGACAACAUUAACUUAACCUAAUUUAACCUAACUAAGCCUAACUUAACCUAAUUUUACCUAACUUAGCCUAACUUAAGCUAAUUCAGCUAAAAUUUACUAACAUAAAAUGGCUUAAUUUAUAGCCUAACUUAACAACCAAAUCUAACUUUACCUAUCCUAACUAAACCUAACUUGGCUUAACUUAACAUAACAAGUCUUAGCUUAACCUAGCUCAUAUUAACCUAACUUAACCUAACUCAACUUAAUCUAAUCCUAACUUAACCUAACUUAACCUGCAUCUCAAUGUAUCUAUAUAAAAGUUAAAACUUAUAAUAAUUAUUAUUUGU